UAUGAAACUUCGUUAUUCAACAAUGACAUGUCAAGACGAUUAAAUUUUACUACACGUACCAGCAUUCAAGUAGAUUAGACGUUCAUAGCAGACCCUCCAUAUUAAAAAGGCUAGGAGUCUCUCACUAAAUCUACAAACCUUCUCAUGUUAGAACAACUCACUCACUGCUAAGAAAUGGGUCUUAAAGGCAAGUUGAUCUCUCAAACAGAGAUGAAGUGCGCUGGACAUUUACUUCAUGAGCACUUCAAAUCAAAUCCACACCAAUCAUCCACCAUGUCUCCUGAUAAAAUAAAAAAUUUCACGCUACAUGAAGGUCAGUUGGGUAGUACUGGCUCUGUUGUCAGCUGGAAAUAUAUUCUUGGAGGAAAAGAGCAACAUGUCAAGCAUCUUGUUCAUAUAGACGAUGAGACAAAAUCAAUCACCUUCAAUUUUGUUGAAGGAGAUCUGACUCAAUUAUACAAGUCCAUGGCAGCUACUUUAAGUGCAGAGGGAAACUGGAUGACUUGGACUAUUGUGUACGAGAAAUUGAAUGAAAACAUUCCAGAGCCCAUUGAUGUAUUGGAAUUUUGUAUUGGUUUCCUCAAAGACCUUGAGCCUCACCAUGUCGGGAAAUAGAUUGCUGAUACUAUUCCCAACAGCCUGAUGAAUUAUUAUGGCUUAUCCUAAAUGCUUAUGAAUAAAUAAAACUGUUUGGUGUGACAUA